AUGGAGUCAACACCAGCCCCGAGUCCCAUGUCCUCGAAUCCACCACGUGGAAGUGUGGUACGGGUUAUAUUCACAUCUCUAGCUGUUAUGAUGGGAGCAUUUACUUUCGGGAUGGAAUCAGGAACCAUUGCUGGGUUCCAAGCCAUGGAAUCAUGGCUCAAGGAUUUCGGAUACUAUGAUGAGACUCUCCAAGAAUGGAAUAUCCGCACGAAUAUCCAGCUUGCGGUUGGUGCCAUGUCCCUCGUUGGCGCUGUUCUUGGAUCUGUUAUAUCAGGACCUAUUGGAACAAACCUUGGUCGAAGACCAGGAUUAAUCGCCAUUGCGGCAACAGCUAUUAUCGGCGUGAUUCUUCAGGUCGUGCACGCCAGUCUUGCUCUUAUGCUUAUUGGGAGAUUAUUUCAGGGAGCUGCCAUUGGCUUCGCAUCGAACUUCGUCCCGGUAUACCAGUCUGAAGUUGCGCCGACGAAAUAUCGUGGGAUUUUGGUAUCACUUUAUCAACUUGGUGUUAAUAUCGGUGGUGUGAUUGGUACUUGUAUCAAUCAGGGAACACAUAAUAUGAAAACGCGCUGGGCAUACCGUAUUCCUCUACUCGCUUCACUUUUCUUCCCGGUUAUCCUUAUCCUUGUCACAUUCGUCUUACCGGAGUCUCCUCGCUGGUUACUCUCCGUUGAUCGAAUUGACGAUGCACGUACCUCCCUCCGACGACUCCGAGGGGACAAAUAUCCCGAAUAUCAAAUUGAGCAGGAUAUCAAAGAUAUCGCCGAGCAUAUUGCUAUAGAACACCAACUGGAGAAGAGUAGUUCCUACUCAGACCUAUUCAAGGGAGCCGAUCGUCGUCGAACAAUGAUUGUUUGUAUGGUAUUGCUAUUCCAGAUUCUAUCCGGAAUCACCUUCGUCAAUUCGUACGGGACAUAUUUCUUCGAAGCAUCUGGGAUUGAAAAUGCAUUCCUGAUUACCAUCGUUGGAGCGUUAUGCCAACUUGCUGGUUUGUUAUUUCUGUACCCUAGCUUAAGCCUUAUGGGUCGACGAACCAUUCUUCUCUGUGGAGCUGUGGCUGAGGUCGUAUGCUGGUUUAUUGUGGCAAUAGUUGCCGUCGCUGCGCCUGGGGCUCCGGAAGCAGCUACAUGUCUAGUUGCUUUUAUCUGUCUAUUCAGUUUUUUCUUCACCUGGUCUUGGGGUGCUGUUGGGUGGAUUGUUGCAUCUGAGAUGUGCUCUAACAACUUGAGAUCUAAGGCUCAGUCUCUGGGUACAGUGAUUAACUGGACUAUGAGCUUGGUUGUUGCGGCUAUCUCACCUUACUUGGUCAAUACAUCUGCUGCAAACUUAGGUGGCAAGGUCGGCUUCAUCUGGGGCUCUCUCACACUGGUCGGCCUGAUUUGGACAUACUUCUACCUCCCUGAAACUGAUAGACGAUCUCUUGAAGAUCUGGACGAGAUUUUUAUGCAGAAUGUCGAUGCACGAAAGUUCGGGUCCUACCACCUCAGCAAGACCCUGAAUGACUCAAAUUGCAAGGAAGGCAUACAAGUCGUGCAUGAGGAGAAUCACAUAUAA